AUGGCCGACCAUAUGUAUGUUGAGCAGCUGACUCCGCUAGAUUUGGUUAUGCCGAGAACCUACAUCAGGGUACUUUUGGUUUUUCAAACGACGAUUUCGACGCUAGCAGUCACGCAAAGUCUCCAACACGGUCUUGACCGACUUUCGAAACAAGUGCCAUGGCUCUCUGGGCGAGUCUUCCCGAGUACUUCUAUCCAAAACAAAGCCUCUCUUGAGAUCCGUUCCAAUGCAGGUGAUACACCAACCCUGGUUGAUAAAGGCUCUAUAGCGGCAACAUACACGACAUUGGCUUCUCAUGGAUUACCUAUGGAAGCCAUUCCGUCCGAAGUCUGGCCAGUAUCAAGCAUGAUCGAUGAUGCUCUCUCCGCAACGGGUGCCCCUGCUUUCGCCGCAAGCUUCUUUCGUUUCGCAGAUCAAGGUGUGGGCUUAUGUGUCUGCUUACAUCACAAUGCUGUCGAUGCCAGUGGACUUUCGGAAGUUGUACGACUGUGGGCCCAGAACAUUGCCGAAACCAAGUCUGAGUUCUCAGGCUCGCUUAAAGGUAGAAUUGAACGGGUUUCAAAAGCACUUUCGCCUGACCUUGAAGAGAUCGCAGCGCUGUCGUCUGAAAAUGUCCUCGCAUUGCACCCUGAAUACUCCAACGUACCACCUGCGAUGCCUACAGAAUUUGCUCCAUGCACAUCUAAGCUCUUCGCGAUAUCAAUUCACCGGAUUAAUGCCUUCAAGGAGACUCUGCGCAAGUAUGCGUUGAAUGCACCGACCACAAAUGUUCUGCUGUGCGCACUCAUCUGGACUACGAUUACCCGCGUGCGAAACAACCGCAACCCGGCCCUUGAAAGCGAUACGAGUCGACUGGUGACAGCGGUCAAUGGUCGACAGCGCAUUAGCGAGCGGUUAUCAGACCCUGAAAAUCCGUAUUUUGGAAAUGCUGUGCUUUACUCCCUGACAAAGUGUCACGUUGGAGCUUUGACUACAUCCGAUGAAGCCAUGAGCUCGCUUGCCCAGCUGUGUGAGUGCAUUUCCGAGUCGCAAUCAGAGUCUACCAUCGGCUCGCGUCACAUCGCCGAGGUCUACCGCUUAGUAGAUGGUAUGGAAGAUUAUAGGUCUCUUUUUGCGGGCUGGGACCUAUUUGGAUCGCGUGAUCUCACCAUUACAAGCUGGGCUGCUCUCGACCUGUAUGGCGUGGACUUUGGUCCUAUGCUUGGGAAGCCGAGGUUUGUUAGAUUGCCCUGUAUGGAAGCAGAUGGGGUGGCUAUUAUUCUACCGCGCCGGAGGGCUUUGUCUGAGGAAAUGCUCGAAAUAAUGGUCAUGCUACGCAGAGAUGAUAUGGGGUUCUUAGAUAAUGAUAGCUUUUGGCAGACUCUUGUCUCUGGGAAUACGGUGUAUGGGGACGAUAAUAAGGUUGCUUAA